AUGGGUAACAGGCAGCAGUUUGUUCAAAGCAGCUCGACGUUCAAAGAUCCGGAGCGAGCCAGUCUCAGAGACAGCGGGCACGGGGACAGCGACCAAGCCGACAGCGAUCAGGACACUAAUAAAGGCUCCUGCUGUGACAUGUCUGCUAAGGAAGCGCUCAAGAUGAAGGCCACUGGGCUCAAGCCUCAACCACUUGAGCAGGAGGAGGAUUGUGUCAACUGCACGGAGGAGUGUCGAGUGCUGGGUCACUCUGACCGUUGUUGGAUGCCCCAGUUUACCACAGGGGCCGGAGGAGCAGGAACUCCCCAAGCCGAGGGCUCGGACUACCGCACCAACCUCUUCGUACCGGCAGGCAUGGAGGCGGUUGCAGUGGAGACCGAAACUUACGAGACGGUUUGCAACCCCAAUGGCAAAAAAACUUUCUGCACAUUUGGGAAGGAGCGUCGGGACCACACCAUCCUCGUGGCGAAUGUUAAACCCUACCUAAAGACCAAACGUGCCCUCAGCCCUCUCUUGCAGGAGGUCUCGUCUGCCUCAUGUAGCCCCUCCAAAGUCUGCAGUACAGGUUCACCAUGCUCUUCAGCCAAAGGUAUGGGUGACGGAGCUGAAAGCAAGCCCAGCACCAGCCACUAUGGACCCCCAGAUGGACAGUACAUCUCCCCGAACAAGCAGAACAAAGAGCAGGGCUACUCCACGCUGCCUCACUCCGACCCCGUAGCCAAAGUCCUGGCUGAAGCACGUUCACGAAUCAGCCAGGAGACGGUGGUGGAAAUGGACAGCGUUUUGGAGCAGGGCGGAGGAGAGAUGGGCCGUGGCACCAUGGACGCAGACCAGGUGGUCAGAGAUAUCGACAAACUGCUGCAGGAUUGUCGGGGAAAUGAAAACACUCCCAUCAGAAAGUAAAACGGACUUUGCGAGCAUAAGAAACUACACUGGAGGAAACAUGGACCAAGUCGAGGCGCUCUCCGAGAGAGUGUGGUGAAGAUGAGGACAUUUUGCGAGGACAAAAAAUAUGCGUACUUGAAGAUCUCGACAAGUAAACAUAGGGAGCAAAAGAACAGUUUGCUUUCGUUCGUUUGGACGCUGUGUUGUGUUUAUUGGGGCAAUGGAAUUUCUUUGGAGUUGCAGAAGUUGCUGCUUCUGGCUUCUUGUGAGCUUUUUCUUCUUAUUCAAGUGCCCACCAGCUUCAAACACUUUCUUACAGUGACGUCUUUAUGUCACUGAACCUUAGAUGGAUCGUCCCACCCUUCUCCUACAGGGAUUUUGGAGGAGAAGGAGUGGACGAAAAUGGUUUGUUUUGACAAUCGCAAGUUAAAAGGCUUCGGGGUGCAUCGGACGCCCCAGAAUGGAUGGACCACACCAAGACAGAGACUCUUUAACUUUUAUUGGCUUUGUAAUAUCAGCAUAAGAAGUGCAAAUGAUAUCAGCGAAUUCUGAGGGGGUGUGUGGGGCCAUGAAUCUUUAGGGUGGGUGGGAAGGGUUGAUUAUGAAAUGUAACCAUUCUUCACCUGUCAUUUUUAGUCACGUGUAAACUGUGUCCUCCCCCCAUGUAUACGUACAUAUGGGACAUUCCAGAAAGGUGAACCUGUUACUGUCACUUAUUGGUCCUCUGUGCUCAUCUGUCUUCAGCUUUUCACUGCUUUUAAAGUGACUCUCCACGUGUCCGACGUUAAGUUAUAACAGUCACUCUCUUGUAUAUUAGGGACAUUUUUCUUCAACUGUGAAAAGAUAUAUCUAUAUAUACAUAUAUAUAAAUAUAUGAACUUAUGUAUAGUGUCCAGAUAACAAUGGAAAUAUUUAUACAU